GCGGUGUGUGAUAUUGAUGCGGGCUGAUCUGAUUCAGUCCUGCUAUUCUCUACAAUAGCACUUAAAGACUCAUUAAAACAACAUAAUAUAGCUUUAUUUAUUUAUUUUAUUUCUCUUAUGAAACAGAUAUGGUCUAGUGUAUAUUUAUUAAUACCAGAAUGACUGGUUAAUUUGACGGUUAAAUAGAAAUAGUGUAUUCUAUUCGUGGUGUAUUGUAUUGGGAUUAUUGGUCAGGUGGAUUUAUUAACAACAGCAGAAACGACCAAAUAUUACAGAAAAUACUAAAAAAAAGAAACAGCGGAACAUAAGGACACGAUAUUAAACCGAAAGGAGCGCAGUAUUCUCCUAAAACGACAGAGGAAUAUUCACCAGCGGUAAUCUAUUGGAGAUCUUGGAUUAUUAGAGAGCGCAGCGCUUCACCGGAGCAGCCGUUAACGGCGUCGAGGCGCCCCGAAGCGGCUUCGGGAGCAACUCGAGUCCCGAUGCUCCCUGUGUUCUGCACCCCAGCGGGCCGCAAUGGGGGAGACGAAGAUCAUCUACCACCUGGACGAUCAGGAGACUCCAUACCUGGUGAAAGUGUCAGUACCUGCCGAGGAGGUCACACUGGCACACUUCAAACAGGUCCUCAAUAAACCCAACUACAAAUUCUUCUUCAAAUCUAUGGACGAUGACUUCGGGGUUGUAAAAGAAGAGAUAUCAGAUGACAACGCCAAGCUGCCAUGUUUCAACGGCCGUGUUGUGUCAUGGUUGGUGUCUGCUGAUGGCUCCCACGGUUCAGACGGAGGUUCAGCAUGUGCGGAGAGUCAGGCUGAUCUUCCACCUCCGCUAGAGAGGACAGGGGGCAUCGGGGACUCCAGACCGCCGUCCUUCCAUGCCAAUGCAGCAGGCAGUCAGGACAACCUGGACAAUGACACAGAGCCAGAAGUCGGACCUUCAGUACGGAGAGACAGGGAACGUGAUAGGGACAGAGAAAGACCACGCAAGAAAGAUACCCAUGAUCAUGGUGGUAAGCUGAAUGGUCACUCCCGGCCAGAGCGGAGACCUGAAACUGCCGGUUAUGAAAGUUCCUCCACAUUAAUGAGCAGUGAACUGGACACCACCAGCUUCUUUGACUCAGGGGAGGAAGAUUCAGCCAGUCGCUUCAGCAGCUCCACGGAGCAGAGCACGUCAUCACGGCUAAUGAGACGACAUAGGCGUCGCCGGCGAAAACCCAAGGCACCACAAAUGGAGAGGUCAUCCUCGUUCAGCAGUAUAACUGACUCCACCAUGUCUCUGAACAUCAUCACCGUCACUUUAAACAUGGAGAAGUAUAACUUCUUGGGCAUAAGCAUCGUGGGUCAGAGUAAUGAGAGAGGCGACGGUGGUAUCUACAUUGGUUCCAUCAUGAAGGGUGGAGCAGUGGCAGCUGAUGGACGCAUUGAACCGGGUGAUAUGUUGCUCCAGGUGAACGACAUAAACUUUGAGAACAUGAGCAAUGACGAUGCUGUGAGAGUGCUGAGAGAAAUAGUGCACAAACCAGGCCCUAUUACGCUGACUGUUGCCAAGUGUUGGGACCCGAACCCUCGCAGCUGCUUUACCCUGCCUCGCAGUGAACCGAUCCGUCCCAUAGACCCUGGUGCUUGGGUGUCUCACACAGCGGCUAUGACGGGGGCGUACCCAGUGUACGGUAUGAGCCCUUCCAUGAGCACCAUUACUUCCACCAGCUCUUCCAUCACCAGCUCCAUUCCAGAGACCGAACGCUUUGAGGAGUUCCACCUGUCUAUUCAUAGUGACAUGGCCACUGUCGCUAAAGCAAUGGCAUCACCGGAGUCAGGGUUGGAGGUACGAGACAGAAUGUGGCUGAAGAUCACCAUCCCAAAUGCCUUUAUAGGUUCAGAUGUUGUAGACUGGCUCUAUCAUCAUGUGGAAGGUUUUACGGACCGUCGCGAGGCACGCAAGUACGCUAGCAACCUACUGAAAGCUGGCUACAUCCGCCACACUGUUAACAAAAUCACCUUUUCUGAGCAGUGCUACUACAUCUUUGGAGACCUGUGUGGCAACAUGGCUAAUCUUUCUUUGAAUGAUCAUGACGGUUCUAGUGCAUCUGAUCAGGACACUCUCGCCCCUCUGCCCCACCCUGGCGCUGCCCCGUGGCCCCUCGCUUUUCCCUAUCAGUAUGCCCUCCCUCAACCCUACAGCCCUCACCCAGGGCAUGAUCAAGCUCACAGUUCCACAGCGGGAGGAGGCAGCGCCGGCAGCCCACACAGCGAAGGGAGUCACAGCAGUGGUUCAAACCGCAGUGGCAGUAAGCCUGGUGCAGCGGAGACCAAGUCUGGCGGCAGCGGUAGCGAAUCAGAGAAACGAGAGAAGGCGCCUAGUGAACGCUCAGCGGCGCCCCCUAGUGAGCACAGUGUUCGGAGCAGCCAUAGCGUCCACUCACAGGGCCACGGUCUGCCGUACGGACCUCCUGCAGCCACAGUGGCCAGCCCUUCAUCGGGUCGUGACCUGGCGUCUGUGCCUCCUGAGCUCACAGCGUCUCGCCAGUCCUUCCGCAUGGCCAUGGGAAACCCCAGCGAGUUCUUUGUGGAUGUGAUGUGAUGUCACCUGAUGAUGGAAAAGUGAAGCUGAUAGAGAUUUUAGAUAGAGAGCUAGUUACCCUGGUGAUGAGGGACGUAUCCCUCACGUUAUCCCUGUGUCCUGUGGCUUGUACUUUCUUCAGUGAAGAAGACUGGAUGGAUGGAGAUAUGUGAGACAGGUGGACGAGAUCUGUGUGGGGUGAAUGUUUUCUGUGUGGUGUUCUUUUUUACGUCUUGUAUUUCUGUCUGCGUUUCCUUUAAAUUAAAGACUGCUGUAAAUAAACCAGGGCGAGGACGGACAAUGAGGAGGACGAAGGUUGCGCCUCUCCCUGACACUCAGCUUUACUGCAGUGAAGUAAAAUAAUUUCGUAACAAUUCAAAUAAAAAAAGACGCUCAUCA